AUGAUAGGGAUCACUACAAAAUUCGCGCUUGGACAAAUGAAUACUGCUAGACACUUGAUUGAUGGGAUUGCACGCGAAUAUGUUCGUUUGAUGAAAUAUGGUGAUUCUCUCUACCGAUGUAAAAUGCUUAAAAGAGCAGCUCUCGGUAGAAUGGUGAAAUUACUGAAGCGCCAGAAGUCCAGCUUCGAUUAUCUUGAGCAAGUCCGUCAGCAUCUUUCUCGUCUGCCCUCCAUCGACCCUGCUACAAGGACCCUAAUUCUAUGCGGUUUUCCUAAUGUGGGUAAAUCGUCCUUCAUUAAUAAAGUGACCCGAGCAGACGUUGAAGUUCAACCUUAUGCUUUUACCACAAAGGCUCUUUAUGUUGGACAUCUUGACUACAAAUUUCUGCGUUGGCAGGUGAUUGACACACCCGGAAUACUAGAUCAAGCACUGGAAGAGAGAAACACAAUUGAAAUGCAAGCCGUCACAGCUCUUGCACAUCUCAAAGCUGCUAUUCUUUUCAUUAUGGAUAUUUCAGAGCAAUGUGAUAGAACCAUAGAGGAACAGGUCAAUCUAUUUGAGUCAAUUCGGCCACUUUUUGCCAACAAGCCUGUGAUGAUUGGAUUAAAUAAGGUAGAUAUAGUGCGAAGGGCUGAUAUAUCAUCGGAGAAGGUCGCACUUUUGGAAAAACUUGAGAAGGAGGGAAUACCUGUUGUGGAAAUGUCAACAGUGACUCAGGAAGGAAUCAUAAGUCUGAGAGAUAAGGCAUGUGAUGCUUUGCUAGCUCAACGAGUGGAAACGAAAUUGCAGUCAAAGAAGGCGUCGGUUGAAGAUACGGUUUUGAAUCGUAUUUUCGUAGCUUAUCCGACACCGAGGGAUGACAAGGUUCGUGCUCCAUACAUUCCUGAGACCGUUAAGCAGCGCAAGCAACGUAUGCAGACCGAUGAACCUAUAGAAAGGGAUGAAAAUACCAGGAGACUGGAACGCGAAUUAGAACUGGAGUUGGAGGACGAUUAUAUUUUGGACUUGAAGAAGCACUACAUGCUGAAGAAUCCAGAGGAGAAGUACGAUGUCAUCCCAGAGAUUUGGGAGGGGCACAACCUGGCAGAUUUUGUUGACCCCGAAAUUCAAAAGAAACUUGCCGACCUACUUGCCGAAGAAGAGCUGCGAGAAAAGGCAGGCGAAUACGAUCCAGAUUUGGAUAGUGAUGAUGAAGAGACCAAGGAAAAGUUGGAGUUAGCCAAGCAGAUCAGGGAAAAGGAGAAGUUGCUCACGUUGGAAAACCAGAUUAACAAGAAGAAAGCGGGCAAUCAUGUGUCACGGUUGAACGUGCGCAAGCGUGAGAGGUCUAUGAGUCGGUUGGAGGAACAAAUGGAAGAACUUGGCGUUCAGGUUGACACAAAGCGCAUGAAAAACUUGCAAGGUCAGGCUCAGAAGCCUCAGCUUGGCAAAAAGAUGAAGGUUGGCCGAUCACCAAGUUUGAGUGCAUCGCGGCCACCGCCGAGGGAUGAGCUUGGUAUUUCUGACAAGAAAAAGAGGCUGAAGGCUGAGAAGCUCCGCGCAAAUGCAUUGAAACACUUGAAACGUGAAGCAAGAAAGGGAGAGGCUGACAGACAUGUGUACGACUUGAAACCUAAGCAUUUGUUUAGCGGAAAGCGCAAGAUGGGAAAGACGGACCGGCGAUAA